AUGCAAGCAGCAAAUCGCCUCCACAAAACUCUUCAUGGCAAUGCUCUCGCCCUCGGAGCCUGGCAAAUGCUCCCCGGCUCAAACCUGUCACGUAUCCUCGCCCGCACAAGCCCCAACUGGAUCUGCGUAGACACCGAACACGGCAAUAUCAGCGACAGUGCUAUGCAUGAAUCCGUCGCCGCCAUUGCUUCCUGUGGUGUCUCCCCCAUCGUUCGCACCGUGGCUAGUGAAGGCUGGAUGAUCAAGCGCGCUCUAGACGCAGGUGCCCAUGGCAUCGUGAUACCGCAGGUAAACACCGUCGAGGAAGCCAAGAAAGUGGUCAGCGCGGCGAAGUUCCCUCCUCAAGGUGUCAGGGGAUUUGGAAGUCCUUUUGCAAUGGAGAGAUUUGUGCCUAAAGGCGGCGAACCGGUUUCUGCGGCCGAAUAUCUGCAACAAGCCAAUGAGGCCUUGAUCACUAUCCUUCAGAUCGAGACGCUACAAGGUUUGGAGAAUGUGGAUGCUAUCGCUGCUGUUCCUGGUGUGGAUGUCUUGUUCAUCGGUCCUUACGAUUUGGGCAACAGUAUUGGUUACCCUAUCUUGGCCGAUGGCAUGCAUGAUGAACUCAAGGCUGCAAUUGAGAAGAUCCACAUUGCGGCCAAGAAAGCUGGCAAGCAUUCUGGUAUCUACUGUACAGAUGGCGAUCAGGCAAGGCACUACGCAGACAGAGGAUUCACUAUGAUCAGCGCCAUGACUGAUUCGCUGGCUUUGAGUCAAGGUGUGGCUACGGCUUUGGGCAGGGCAAGAGGUUCAUGGGGUCAUGCGGCUCUGCAGGGAGUUAAGCAAGGUGCAAGCAAGAUUGUCUCAGCAUCGCCCUACUGA